UCCAAGACGACAUGCUCAUCACAUCUGGCGCGGUCUAUACCGGAAUGGUAGAUCGCGAUUUCGUCGGGCUCGUUGCAUCCUGGAGCAUCAUGUACCAGGGAGUCAUUCCUGUCACCACUUACGUCGACAACGAUAACAAGCUCGUCGGUUACGAUUACUUUGCGCCCGAGCUGAGAACGAGGGCCACCACCCGCUUCUACAAUAUCAAAGCCUAAACGAUUCCGGGCAGAGGACGUAGUGCUGAUUGGUACACACUCAGCGAGGGCUUCGAAGCUACGGCCUGGGUCAUGACUUGGAUUGGAAGACCGCCUGGCGAAGGAUCCUUGAAUUAGUCGGCUUAUGAUAGUUUUAUCCUAUAAUAUGAGUACUUUCUUGCCAGUCCCAGAGCUUCUGCAGGUCCAUGAGAACCCAUUCCGAUACGGCGAGUCCUCGAUUGUAUAUGACUUUGAGCGCCUUGCAGACUCUAGCUUUGUGUGAGGUCGUCCUGGAAGCAGCUCCAGCAACGCGAAGAGGAAAGAGAAGAAGCAUAUUAGCGACUGUUGACCUUUCCAGAAUUCUCUCAAGCUCUUCAAGAAUCGUGGUGACGAGUCUUUCCACUUCAUCAUCUGAGAGAUGUGGCGGUCUCAGGCCAACAAAACAAGGAAAGAAGCUAAAGUUUCGACAGAAGUAUAAGGUAACAGCGCAAAUGUUAGCCAGUGCAAGUCUUUCGAAUGGGUCGUAGACUUGGAGGCGCUCGCUUAUGGGGACCAAUGCUUUCCUGAGCCUCUCAUGGAAUGCAACGCCUUUGAGAGCCCACGAAGUGGCGAUAUCACUUUGACCGCUAGUAAGUACUGGCUUCUGA